AUGUUCGCCAAAUUCGCCGCCGUCUUUGUCACUGCUUUGGCCGCCACUGGUGCUUGGUCAUCUCCCAUCGCUGCUCGGGACACCAGCGAUGACCUGGUCGCCCGUACCUCCCACUCCUUCAACAACUGGCGUGGAAUCUCCUCCUUGAACAACUUCGAUAACUUCUACGGCUCGGACAACUUUGACAACUUCGCCGCGUUCAAGCAAGUUGUCAUUCAAGAGCAACAAGUUGUCUGCCGCACUCAGCAGAUCGAGAUCAUCCAACAGCGCCUCGUCAUCCUCCAAGAGAUGGCCAAGAGGAUCAUCACCGAGCAGAUCUGCGAGGUUGAGACGCAGACCAUCGUCUUCCAGCAGUUCCACGCCAGCUUGGGACACUUCAGUGGCGACCUCCGCCGCAACUCUGGCCACCAAGUUGGCUACGACUCCAACAUUGUCAGCCACUUCGGCAACAUCGUUGGCUCUGAUGGUUCCAUCAGCACCGACGACUUCGGCUUCUCCGGCAAGGACGUUGGCAGCAGAACCAUCGUCCCGAGCGGCUCCAACUGGAACGACUCGUCGUCCCGAUCCUCUGUUGAAGCUGCUUUCUCUGCUGCGUCUGAUGCCAGCAGCUCCGAUUAA